CUCCGUCGUUUUUGUCUAACUUUGCAUAUGAAUCAAUUCAAAUGUAACGAAUUCUGAACUUCCCCUCAUUUCAUAAUGUCUAAUUUUAUCGAUUUUGUCAAAUGUCAGACGAAACGUCAUGUCGUUGCUGUCAAUGUUGUUUGUUUAUACUUGUACAUUUCGAUGUAAUGAGAAAGUUUUCUACUUUCAUUUAUUAGGUCAAGUAAAAGGUUUUAAGUGAUGGGUGACAAAUCAGAAACCGCAUGCAUUUUUGUAAGAAAUAUUCCAUCUCGUCAGAAUUUUUACAAAGCAAUGAAAUCACCAACAGAGACGCCCGACCAUUGGCUUAGUCGAAUCAAAAAAUUGGCCAAGUUAUGUGACUUCGGAAAUAGUUUGGAUUCAAUCGUUUUGGAUAAAUUCAUUACAGGAUUGGAAAAUGAAGUAAUUGAUUAUUUGUGUUUAUGUGCUGAAUGUCUUGAUAUUGAUGCUACUGUGAAAUUUAUUCAUACUUAUCAAAGUAGCGAUCAAACACAGACAAAUGACUUGGCACAUGUUUCAAACUCAAAUGACCAAAUUAUGGAUCCGUUUCAAGAGACACCAGAGGUGGUUUUUUCUGAAAUCUUGGUGAAAUACGAAAUUGAAGAAACUGAAGUAAAUAAUCGUGAUGAAGACAACGCGGAAAGUGAUUUUUCGGGCCAUUUCAACGAUGAUGAUAGCAAAGACAGUGAUUUUUUGUGUAAUGGCUCAUCGAGUUCUAAGGCAAAAAAACCGGACGAAACUACAAAAAUAUCAAAAACUAGGAAAUCAAAACGGAAAGAUGUCGUAAAAAAGUCAUCACAUGAAACUGGCGGAUCCAAAAAAAGGAAUCAAAAGAGCACUAAGAAAAAACAUAAAAAUAAUAACGAAAAAAAUCCAGAACCCAAAGACAGCACAGAAAAUCCACAGCAAAAAAACAACAUAGAAAAUUCAGAGCAGAAAACCACAGACCAAACAGAAAUCGAUCCAAAUACGCCAAAAAAGAAACGAAAAUAUAAAAAGAGAGCGAUUAAAGAAAAACAAACCUUCAAAUGUGAAAUCUGUCACUACACAUGUUUACACGAAUGUCAUUUACGACGUCACAAAUUGAUUCAUCAAAAUGAGAAAAGUUUUGUAUGUCAUAUAUGUGGCAAGGCCUUUAAUUUGUAUAUAAACAUGAAUGCACAUAUUCGAAGACAUCUCGGCAUAAAAAACCAUGUUUGUGAGGUGUGUAAAGCAUCAUUCAUGGAUAGAACGAGGUUGAAGUUGCAUAUGAGAACACACACAGGUGAAAAACCCUACGGCUGUAAAUUUUGCGAGAAAAGUUUUGCAGAUCAAUACUACCUCAAAGUACAUACGCGGUUACAUACCGGCGAAAAACCAUUCCGAUGCGACCAAUGUCAAAAGUUAUUCUCUCAAUCGAGCAGUUUGUCGGUGCAUAAGAGAAAAAAUUGUAUAGCUAGUCUGACAACGUAAAUAAAUACUCAAACACUCGCACAACAUUCAUUUAUAUUAAGAAGAGAACAUAUGACUAAGUUCUGCAAUGACGAUGAACAUAUCCGCAAUAAAAUAAUUGAA